UGCUGACGCCUGAGGCGCGCUUUUACCCUGGAACGAGGAAGACAAAUCCAAAGUUAUUACCGGAAGUUAGUUGUUUUUUUUCCCCCAGCACAACCUCACGCUGGUAACGAACCCUGCUCCUUCACAGGUACAUUAGCAGUUUCCCUCUGGGCUCUUCAGGUAAGGAGACAUGAAAAAGCAGGACACGGAGGAGUCUCUCGGCAGUCCUGGCAGUGAGGAUGCUCCACCCACGGCCUCGGUCUCCGGGUCCCCUCCACCUGACGCUCCACCUGCGGCUGAAGCGGCCAACGACGGCUCGGACAGCGGCAGCCCCAAACAGGCCCAGGCCCGGAGCCCCCAGGCAGAAAGCCCCCCACAAACCACGGAAGAGGGGGACGAAGCGGCCCAGGCUCAGCGCGACAUGGCGGAGGAGCUGAGCCGGCAGCUGGAGGACAUCCUCAGCACCUACUGCCGGGAGAGCCUCCAGGAUGACGCUGGUGCCUUGCUCAACGGCCAGUCGCACAGCCCGGUGCUCAACGGUUUGACCGGCGAGAAGGAAGACGACAAGGCGGAGGAGGGCAAAGUCAACGGCGGUGACCACGGGGCAGAGAAGGAGCAGAAGAAGACGCAGGAGAAGAAGAAAGUCAAGGGUCUGGGCAAGGAGAUCACUCUCCUCAUGCAGACUCUGAACACCCUGAGCACCCCUGAGGAGAAGCUUGCAGGCCUCUGCAAGAAGUACGCCGACCUGGUGGAGGAGCACCGCACCUCUCAGAAACAGAUGAGGGCGCUGCAGAAGAAGCAGAGCCAGCUGGUGCAGGAGAAGGACAACCUGAGGAGCGAACACAGCAAGGCCAUCCUGGCGCGCGGCAAGCUGGAGAGCCUCUGCAGGGAGCUGCAGAGACACAACCGCACACUCAAGGAGGAAGGGAUACAGAGGACGCGGCUGGAGGAGGAGAAGAGGAAGGAGGUGACGUCUCACUUCCAGGCGACGCUGAACGACAUCCAGGCUCAGAUGGAGCAGCACAACGAGAGGAACGCCAGCCUCCGACAGGAGAACGCCGAGCUGGCCGAGAAACUCAAGAAACUCUACGAGCAGUACAAACUGCGGGAAGAGCACAUAGACAAAGUGGUGAAGCACAAAGACCUGCAGCAGCAGCUGGUGGAUGCAAAGCUGCACCAGGCGCAGGAGCUUCUGAAGGAGUCGGAGGAACGGCACGACCGCGAGAAAGACUUUCUGCUGAAGGAAGCCGUGGAGUCUCAGAGGAUGUGCGAGUUGAUGAAGCAGCAGGAGGUCCACCUCAAGCAGCAGCUGUCGCUGUACACGGAAAAGUUCGAGGAGUUUCAGACCACGUUGUCCAAGAGCAACGAGGUGUUCACCACCUUCAAACAGGAGAUGGAAAAGAUGACUAAAAAGAUCAAAAAGCUGGAGAAGGAGACGGCGAUGUACCGCUCGCGGUGGGAGAGCAGCAACAAGGCGCUGCUGGAGAUGGCCGAGGAGAAAGCUGUGCGGGAUCAGGACUUCGAGGCCCUUCAGGGUAAAGUCCAGCGGCUCGACAAGUUGCGGCGGGCGCUAAAAGUGGAGCGAAACGAGCUGAAGAAGAAGGUCCAGAACCUGAACGGGGAUACCGGCGGUGCCACAGGAGCCCCCGCCUCCGAUCCUGGGACUGACUCUCCCUCCCCCCCUCCUACAGACUGUCUGCUGGAGCCCAGCAGCUGUCCUGUCCCAGACUCCACCUCCUGCUCCCACUCCUGCCACUGCGGCCCACAGCUGGACACAGACGCCCUACAGCAGGAAGCAAACUCCCCGGCUGUUCCUGCACAGGAAUGAAGCGGAACCACUCACUCCCCCCCCCUCCCAUCCACGUUCAAACCAGCAGCCGGCAAGCCGUCACUCCCCCGCUGGAAGAGCAACACUGGUCUGAGAGAUUAGGUUUUAACAGCAGGGGGUGAUGUGUCGACUUUAUACACAGCGAGACUGUGAAUCAGCAAUCCCUCUCAAGGGAUUCAGUAAAGCAUUUAAUGUAGUUUGAUUUGCUGCAGAAAUGCACCUCCUGUGAUUUAUUUAAUACUUUAGGAUCUAAACGUGGGCACGGGCUAUAAACAGAAUGUGUGUGUGUUCAGGGCUUUGUCAAUGGUAGCGUAACAGUGUUUCAUUCUAAAAGACACUUUUAGCAUCAUAUCGACUUACUUUGUGCAUUCCUAACGUCUAACUUGGAACAUUCUGGAGCUACUAAUUAAUUAUCAAGGGAAUUUUCUGGGCUUAUUUUUCCUCCAGGGCCCAUAAGUUGGUUUAGGUUUUCACUAUUCUCACUGGUAACAUACUACUUUUCUUUUUUUGGUCCUUUGGGGGGGGGGUGUUUUGUUCUUUUUCCUCCUUACUCCUGUUUCUUUCAUCCUGGUCGCAUACAUCCAUACUUUGUUUCUGGCUUCAUAGAUCCCAUUUUUUUCUUAUUCCUGUUACUAUAUAUCUGUUGGAUUUCCUUUAGCCCCUCCCCCCCCCCUCCCCUCCUUGCCUCUUACAUUUGACGUUCAGAUUACUCACUGGCCAUAUGAUGCUAGUUUAAGCUUAUUUAAAUUGUCUUCUUUGAUGCUGGGAAAAUGAUGCGUCCCACCUCCAGAUUUCAGGUGGCCUUGGUCAGUUUUAUUUAGGUUUGCUUAUAGUAUGGAGAAGAAAAAAAAAACACUUUAAAGUCCUUGUUAACGACAUUUGCCAUUUCUACAUCUGGGACAUGUGUUCUGUUUGUCUACGCCACGUUCUGAGGAUUGCUGUAGUUUGUAAUCAGGUGUUAAUCAAGAGAAUGUCAAGUACCUCUAUGCAACGCUUGCGUCUUAGUUUCAUCUUUAACGAAGUGUUGACUCAUGAGCACUUAGCUUGAAUGUAUAUUCAUUUAUGGAUGUAAAUUCACUUUAAAAACCAAGACUAAACAUCUGACAGCAGAAUGCCUUGUGGAAAAAGGAGGAAAGUUUGGGCCCUUAACGUAGAGCUGCUCUUUGGGCGUUAUAGGACGCAUCUUUUGAAAGAUGCAGAGACUGAGCCAAGUAGGGGGAGAAUGGAGCAAUUUUUUUUUUCCUGAAAUGUUUCACUCACUAAAAUGUUGGCUUCUCAUCUGAAUGACUAAUGUUUAUGAAUAUGUAGCUACUGCAAAGUGGGGACACUUCCAUUGUCCCGCGGGACACAUUCAUUACUAUCCAGUUCAUUUGGGCUUAAGAAGGAACCAAAGAUGUUUCCUUUUGUCUUUUGCAGUACUUUUAUCUGACCCUGUAUAUUUUUCUUGUUCAAUAAAAGAGCUGUGUAUGUUUGAGUUAA